GAAGAAGAGGGAUAUUUCCUUUUUUCUUUGUACCUUGGUUAUGUUUUGUAGUUUUGGAUAGGUUAUAAUUGUAUUGUGUUUUGUAAUUAUACAUAGUUUUAAAAUAUAUUUGUUGAAUUAUGGAACUGAUAAAGUGCAGAACAUGUUUAAGACUUUCUGAUAAAAAUGAUUGUGUGGACAUUGAAAGCAGAUGUUAUUUGGAACAAUCUAUCAAGCAAGCUAUAUUGCGUCUAGUGCCUGAAAUGGUUUUAACGAUUGAUGAUGAUGAUGUGGUGUGUAGAAAGUGUUUGAGGACAUUAAAAAUAUGUGUGAAAUUUAUUAAAACAUGUUUAACUGUCGAGAUGAUUCUUGCUCAUAACAAAAAGCCUUUCGACAUUCCGCUAGAAGGAUUGGAUAUGGAAGAAGUUAAAAUCGAAAUUGAAGAAAUAGAGGAUAUGCUUGAACAAAUUGAUUCCGAUCAUAAUUAUUACAUGAAACAAGAAAUUGCUGAUUCUGUUGAUGAUGAUGAUGAAAAUGAAAAGGAUAUAAAUAAUGAGAAUGAAUCUAGUAAUAGUAUUGCCUCAUCUUUACAAGUCCUAUUUGGACAACCAUCGUUACUACUUAAAAGUAAUUCUGUAGAGAAUAUUAUAUUGGAAAUAUCUGGUUCUCCCGAAGCUUCAGAAACUGAUGCUGUAAAAGUCGAAAUCAAUGAUGGUAGAAAAGAGGCUAACUUUGAAUGCUCCAUUUGCCCUUUAAAGUUCAACAGUGAUGAGGAAUACGAACUGCACUUGAAAACCCAUAUUCUGCCGUGCCCUUUUUGUGCUCAAACUUUUUCCACGGAAACGGAAUAUCAUAACCAUAUUCCCCAACACAAAGAGAGCAUGAUCAAAAUCUGCGAACUUUGCGGGAAGACAUUAAAGGGGGCCAGAUCGCUUAAAACGCACAUGAUCACGAUGCAUGGGUUACCAUCUCUGCAAAUUUGCGAUAGAUCUAUAUCAGUUAACCAUCACGGCAGUGAAAUUGAAAAUAAUUCUAAUCUAGAUCUUUUAAUAAGCAGGCAAGAGAUGUACGAAACUAGCAAUAGUUUUUCCAUGUCUUUGCAAGAACACUCAUUAUUACAAGAUAAUUCAACAGAGGAUAUUAUAUUGGAAAUAUCUGACUCUCCUGAGGCUUCUGGUGCUGUAAACACUGAAAUUGAUGACACUCCGGGAGAUAAGUGUGUCUUUGUGUGUUCCAUUUGCUGUCUAAAAUUUCGCGACGGUGAGAAAUACGAGCUGCACAUGGAAACGCACACCUUGGCGUGCCCGUUCUGUGGUAAAACUUUUCGCACCAAAGCUGAAUACAACGACCAUACAUCCGAACACGAAGAGAGCCUCAUGAAAAUCUGCGAAUUUUGUGGCAAGGCUUUAAAGGGGGCCAGAUCGCUGAAAAUGCACAUCACCGCAUUGCACGAAUUACCGUCUCGGCAUAUUUGCGACAAAUGUCCGAAGUCGUUCAAGCACAAGUACAAGGUUAACCUGCACGUGAAGGAAGUCCACGAAAAGGCCAGACAACAGCAGUGUUCGGCGUGCGGGAAGCUUUUCGUGAAUUCCGAGAGGUGUAAGAGUCAUUAUAAAUUAGUUCAUUUAAAGUUAAAACCAUACAUAUGUUCUAUAUGUGGAAAUAAAUAUGGCCGUAAAGAUUAUUUAGACAAGCAUAAGGCUGAUCAUUGCGGUUUAAAGAAAAAUGGCCAGCCAAAAUCAACAAAACUACCCAAACACGGGAUUCGUCUGAAAAAUCCAGGUAAGCCCGUUAUUUGCAGAGUAUGUAACAGGGAAAUAGGCUCGGUGCACCUUCUAAAGGCACACCUGGAGAGCCACGUAAAAAUAAAGCGGUACAAAUGCAAAUAUUGCGACUUAACGUUUAGCGUACCCAACAACAAAAAGCGACACGAAAAGUUACACGAAAGCGAUUCCGAAAAUAAAUUCAGGUGUAACAUUUGUUGGAAGAGGAUGAAAACGGGGGAGGAGUUGGAGCAACACAUAAACGGCCACGACAGACCGCCCCAAUAUUCGUGCGACGAGUGCGGCGAGAAAUUUCACAGGAGGUACCUGCUUAAAAAUCACAUCUCGGAAAAACACACUUCCACGGAGGACAUUGAAAAGGCCAUAGAGGAGAUCGUCGUGAAGAACCUUUUAGAGUACGCAGAUCCAAAAACCAAAAAGUAAAUAAAAUCUUUCUUGUUGUAUUAAUAAUUAUUGCCU